AUGGGUAUCAAGCUUAUUUCUCAUGCUAACAGAUUUUGGGUAUCAAAUGAAGCAAAAGAAGGAGACUCAGAAAGUGAAGUCGAAAGCUUUGAACAAAAAGACUGUACUGAUCGUCAACAAGAUGAAAUCAAUGCAACUCAUUUCAGAUCCAAAGGGCACACAAUACUAGUUUUGCUAAAGUAUGUGAAAAGGAAGCAUCUUAUUGAUGUUAGUGAAGUGUUUAGGGUACUUAAUGCUGAGAAGAAAUUUCGGAUAGCAUCUUAUAAUUGUCUUCAGUUGUUGAAAAGUAUGGGUAAGGAUAAACAGAAAAGUAUAGAUGUGUUCUUUAAAAAGAAACUAGUCUCUGAAAGUGAAUCAAGUGAUGCUCCUACGAACAUAAUUUCUGAAAGUGAUGCACCUUCUCAUGAGCAACCUCCUUCCAAGUGUCGUAGAAUUGAACAUACUGAUGACAUUAUUACAGUCAAAAAUAAAAAAUUUGAACAUGAUCCAGGCAAACGUAAACCAAUUUGGGAAUAUUCAGCUAAUGAAGUCGAUGAGAUACGGAGAGCUUAUUUAAUAGUUGGGCCAUAUCAACCUCAAUGCUCUUAUCCAUUUUCAAAGGAAAAGCAUCCUCGACGUUUUCAAGCUUCUUGGUUCAAAGAAUUUUCUUCGUGGCUUGAGUACUCACCUUCUAUAGAUGCUGCAUUUUGUUUACCAUGCUAUCUUUUCAAUACAAAGGUCGGUGGGCGACACGGUUGGGAUACAUUCACAAUCAAAGGAAGUUCUUUUAUAGGGCAUGAUGAGACUAUUGAUUCAAGAAAUAGGGGUAAUUUUAUUGAAAUGAUCAAACUUUUGACAUCUUACAAUGAAAAAGUUGCAGAUGUUGUUCUAAAGAAUGCUCCAUUGACAGCCAAGUAUACCUCACCUCAAAUACAAAAGGAUAUUUUAUAUGUUCUAGCAAAUAAAGUGCGAAAACAUAUUCGCAAAGAAAUUGGGGAUUCUAAGUUUUGUAUUAUUGUGGAUGAAGCACAUGAUGAAUCUAAAAGGGAACAAAUGGCUCUUGGCUUGAGAUUUGUUGACAAAGAUGGUUUCAUAAAAGAGAGAUUUUUUGAUCUUUAUCAUGUUCAAGACACAUCAUCUAUGACACUAAAAAAUGCUAUUAGUAAAAUACUCUCACGUCAUUGCCUUGAUAUCCAGAAUAUCUGUGGCCAAGGAUAUGACGGUGCUAGUAACAUGCGUGGUGAAUGGAAUGGAUUGCAAGCAUUAUUUCUUAAUGAAUGUCCUUGUGCUUAUUAUGUGCAUUGUUUUGCUCAUCGAUUACAAUUAGCUUUGAUUGCUGCCUCUAAGGAAGUUUCUUCUAUUUAUCAAUUCUUUCAGAAUUUGAAUUUCAUCAUUAAUAUUAUCACUGCAUCUUCUAAACAUCAUGAUCAAUUCCAAGCUGCCCAAAUUUCUGAAUUUGAACGUUCGCAGACUAUUGGUGAGCUUGAAACUGGUACAGGUUCUAACCAAGUAGGUACACUAAAGCGGGCUAGUGAUACUAGAUGGAGUUCUCAUUUUUAUUCUAUAUGCAGUCUUCAACGAGGGUAUAAUGAAUCAUGUUCAGUACUUGAAAACAUUCGUAGCGAAGGCUCAAAUUACUCUCAAAGAGGAGAUGCUACUGCAGCUUAUAAGAUGAUCACUUCCUUUGAGUUUAUCUUUAAUUUACUUUUGAUGAAGGAGAUCAUGGGCAUCACUGAAAUUCUUUGUCAAGCAUUGCAACAAAAAUCUCAAGAUAUUUUGAAUUCUAUGCAAUUAGUUUCAAGUACAAAGGAACUUAUUCAAGAAUUGCGAAAUGAUGGUUGGAAAAGAAUACUUGAAAAUGUUGUUACUUUCUCUAAGCUUCAUGAAAUAGAUGUUCCAGAUCUUAAUGCUCAAUAUAUUGAAGGUUUACUGAGCAAACAAUGGAACUUAUCACUUAGCUCUUCAUUAGAUCCGAAGAAUGGUUACAAAGCAUUUAAUGUUGAUGAUAUUUGUAGCCUUGCAGAGAAAUAUUAUCCUCUUGAUUUUUCUGAGCAAGAGAGAAUUCAUUUGAAUUGUCAAUUGAAGCAUUUCCACAAGGACAUCCCAAAACAUCCAGAACUUCAAAAUUUAUCUUUAAUUUUUGAGUUGUGCCAAGGAUUAGCUAAGACAGGAAAGUCAAAUUCUUAUCAUUUGGUUGGUAGACUAAUUCGUCUUAUCUUAACGCUACCAGUUUCAACAGCAAGUAGAGAACGUGCAUUCUCAGCAAUGAAAAUUGUGAAAACAAGGCUUCGAAACAAAAUGGAGGAUGACUUUCUUGCAAAUAAUUUGGUUGUGUAUGUUGAAAGAGAUAUUGCUGAAACUUUUACUACAGAUUCGAUCCUUGAAGAAUUCGUUAAUUUAAAAGAGCGUCGCUUACAAUUUUAG